GUCGUGGAUGCUAGCUGCUAGCUGAGGCUAACAGGAACUGAGGCAGUUGCUGCUUUGUGGGAGAAGAGAAGGAAGAGUUUCAUUCUUACUGGCCUCAGUGUUCAGUGUCAGGUUCUUCCAUUUUAUGAUUCUGCUGGUCCAGAACCAAACGUGGACUAACUCCCGACCACCUCUGUUGUGUGUCUGUGUGUGUCUGUGUGUGUCUGUGCACGAGUAAGGCAUAGUGAAGAAAGUGUAACAGCGACAGAAGCGACUCCUUUUAUGACUCCAAGUUUUGCUGCGUUGACUUCUGUACUCGAGAAAGAUUUUCCUCCUCGGGCUCUCGCACGCUUCAGUUCUCGACCCAAACAAAGAUGGCAGCCAGACACGCUGGAUGUUUGCUCGCCUGUUGCUGUUUUUGGCUCGACGAACAGAGUCGACGUUCAUCAAACUGACACAGAAGCUCGGACUCGCAGUCUUUACCUACCUGACAUAUCUGCUGAGAUCCUAUCUGUGUGUGAUAGACCAGCAGCUCUGUCAGGAUGAAAACUCCCUGCUGAGUUUCGAGGCGAUCUGCAGCAUCCACAAACAGAUGGACGACGACGCAGACGGGACGGUGGACAUGACCGAGACGGACGAGUUUCUCAGGGAGGAUCUGAAGUAUCAUGACUCCAAAGCCAAACACAGCAGCUUCCACCGAGCCGACCUGUACAUCAGCGUGGAGGACAUGUGGACCACCUGGAAGAGCUCUGAAGUGUAUAACUGGACGGUGCAGCAGGUGGAGGACUGGCUGGUCAACAGUGUGGAGCUUCCUCAGUACACAGAAACCUUCAGGAAACACCAGCUGGAUGGGAAGGCCUUACCCAGGCUGGCGGUGAAGAACACCACGCUGACCGUGACCGUGCUGAAGAUCUUAGACAGAAGUCAUGCUCAGAAACUGCAGCUCAAAGCCCUCGACAUCAUCCUGUUUGGACCGCCGCCAGGCCGACAGAACCGGUGGAAGGAUCUGGUUCUGGGUGUGUCCAUCCUCAUGGCGCUGGGCGGCUGCUGGUUCGCCUACGUCCAGACCAGGAAGUCCAGAGACGACAUGGGGAAGCUGAUGAAGGACCUGGAGGGUCUGCAGAGGGCCGAGCAGAGCCUGCAGGAGCUGCAGGAGAAGCUGCAGAAGGCUCAGGAGGAGCAGCGCUGCGUUCAGGUGGAGAAGGUGAAGGUGGAGGAGGAGCUGAGGAGUGAGAUCGACUCAGCCAAACAGGAGGCUCAUCGGCUCCGAGAGCUUCGAGAGGGAACCGAGAACGAGAGGAGCCGGCAGAAAUACGCCGAGGAGGAGCUGGAACAGGUGCGUAUGGCGUUGAAGAAGGCUGAAAGGGAGCUGGAGUCGCGGGCUCACUGUGCUCCACCGGAGUCUCUGCAGAGGUGGCUUCAGCUGACGCACGAGAUUGAGGUUCAGUACUACAACAUCAAGAAACAGAGCGCAGAAAGGCAGCUGCUGCAGGCCAGAGAGGGGGCAGAGAAGAUCAAGAAGAAGAGGAGCUCUCUGUUCGGGACGUUUCAUGUGGCUCACAGCUCCUCACUGGACGACGUCGACCAUAAGAUCCUCUCUGCCAAACAGGCGCUGGCCGAGGUGACGGCGGCGCUGCGGGAGAAGCUCCACCGCUGGCAGCAGAUCGAGUCUCUGACCGGUUUCUGCCUGGUCAAUAAUCCUGGUCUGGGAGCGUUGGCUGCCGCCCUCAACCUGGACCCGUCCUUCCUCGGCCUGCGACCUCCGACCCCGCAGCACCUCAUCCUCUCUGACGACCUCGACGACAUGGACGAAGACAUCCUGUCUCCUGGGACGCUGCAGUACGCAGCGUGGCAGAUGGACCGGCGAGUGAGCGACCUCUGGCCCCUGAGUGGCAUCGCAGAAACCCAGUCACCAUGGAAACACUCUGCUCAGAGUCUGAUGCCCCUGCGACAGCGGAUGGGAGACCCCGGUUUGACGUUCAGCUCUCAGAGGGACAUCAUGAACCGCUCCGACUCUGACUCCGCCCUCCCUCUCUCACACAGUGAAUCACGAAGCCUGUACGGGUCCAAGGCCUUCCUCCUUUCAUCCAGGCUCCACCCCCUGCAGGGUCAGGGCUCGGGGCUCGGUGGAGCAGGAGGAGGAAGUGUUGGAGGAGGUGGUGGUCUGGAGAAGAGCUCUAGCCUCGGGGAGCUGAGGGGCAACUCUGCUGCCGUCCUCGCCUCCGCCUGCUCCACCCGCUCCCUCUGCAUCACGUCCGACGCCGUCGACAGUCCGCUCGUCUUCGCGUCCUCCGCCUCGUCCAGCUCGACCAGCAGCGGUCGGGGGACGGGCGUCCAGCUCACGCCCAGGAGGAGUCCUGUGGAGGAGGACGGAGGCGAGGAGAGCGAGUCGUCCGGCAGCCGGAGGAGAAACGCUUUUAAUAAGAUCUUUAAGAAGAAGCAGGGACGUCAGUGAACCUUACAGACAUGAUGAGAUCUUCAACAUGAUGCACAAAACAAACGCUCACAGGGAACAUCACAUCUAACGCUUCACUCUUCCUCUUGUCAUUCAAGACGGUUUUGACACCGGAGCGUCUCCAUCAGGUUUACCUCGGUUUCUGUCGCUCUCCCUCUUCACUCUCUUUGCCUCCUCAUCAGCAGCUUCUUCUUCUCUCCUCAGUUGUUCCAUUGUUACCUGGAGAUAGUGACCGGGGAGAACAGUGCCUCUUCCUGUUGUGAAUGCACAAUGACAGACUCACUUCCUUAUUGCCGUAAUUCAUUGUUCAUGUUUUGGGGAACAACCGACUGACCAUCAGUGAAAAUGAGGUCAUAAGGAACCUGAUCUUUACAUGGAUCGUCAUUUUUCUGUCUGUUGCCAAUUUAAAUAAAAUCCUUUGAUGCCAAACGUGCUAAACGUCACCAAAGUCAUUCAAGUCAACUUUACAGGAAGUGACUUAGUGCUUCAUUUGACUUUGAGCCGUCUAAAGUUUGUCUGAAGUAAGAAACAUUUGAAUAUUUCCGUCCCAAAUAACUUGAACGUGGUACGAAUGCUCCAAAGUGAAGUCGGCAGAGUUUAUCUUCAACCAGCCAGUAAACGUUUCAGAUCUGACGACAUGUAAACACUGAAGAAGAGGCCGGUGUGCAGGGGAUUGUGGGAAACAGAGGACCAAAUUAAACAGCAGUUGUAGUUUUGGAGCGAAUCAGGCUGCAGGUCUCUUCCAGUUUGUCUGUUGAUGCGUGUGUCAGAUGCAUGAUGGGAACACACUUUGUUUUGUAAAUGCCUUUUUGUUUCAUAUGUUAAUGUAAGAGUGGAGUUAUGAUUUAUUAUCUGAAGGGUUCUGAUUUCAUGAUGGUGGAGCAGGACAGCAGAUCGAUCGACACCUCGGACCCACCUGAGCUGUGAGUCAGAGUCGUGAUGUCACUGACCUUUACCGCCAUUUCGUGCUUUAUUAUUCUGAGCAGCAGCGAGUCAGUUGGCAGAAAACGCAUCAUUAUCUUUCAAGCAAAUGAUCUUUGAUGUUGUUUGUAGAUCAGAGCUGUCACGAUAUCAGAUCUCCAGUCGUGACCUGAAGAGUUCACAAUAAUUUCACUGUGAGAAAAAGUGAAAACAGUGCAGGCAGGUCGGCUUGUUGUUCUCUCACCUGCCGACCACUUCAGCUAAACAAGAACAGAAUUAAACCAAAACAGUUUCGGAGGCGAUGUAUUAAUUACACAAUAUUAUCGUGUGUCUUUUUAAUACAAUAUCAAUAUUUGAGGAUAAUCGUCAUCGUGACAUGACGUGAAGACGACUUUUAACAAAACAAAUCUGUUAGAGGACAAAAUAUUUAAAAUUAUUAUUAAUUCAGCUGUAAUUUUAUUGAGACGACAUCUAACGUUUAUCUUUUUUCCCUGAUAAACAAUUAAAAUCAGCCCGAGCUUGGAAAACUGAAAAUAUGUAUUAUAGCUGAUAAACUGACCUGAUCAUAUGAAGAAUUGUUUAAACGGUUUCACAAGCGCAGCAGCUACAGAAGGUGACGGCAGCUCCUUUAAAAUUGGUUUGUUGUCAGUAAACAGAAGAAGAAGUCGUUGUCGUGCAUCCCUCAAACUGAUUAAUUAUCAAAAUAACUGACAACAAAUCGAUUACUCGUUGCAGCUCAGAGUGAUUUUGGAACUUAAACUCAUUGUUGCCGGUGUUGAAAGAUCUGAAACUAAAACAUAACGAGUCACUGAGAUACCAAAGAAGAAGUCUGCUGUCUGUCCACCAUCCUCCAAACAGACCUCAGGUCAGCUUGUUUAACUUAUUCUCACUGUUUGAUGUUCACCUGUAGAGGAAAUGUAAGAUUUUACUUGGAGAUGUGGAAAUAAAAAUGUGUCUGCACAG